CGGCGGCGGUGCGAGCCUGCUCCUGCUCGCUGGCCCCUGGACGCUCGGGCCUGUGUCCGGUGCCAUUUAAGAACAGCCGGAAUCGGUUUUCUGCGAAAUGGCACCUCGUAAGGGCAAGGAGAAGAAGGAAGAGCAGGUCAUCAGCUUGGGACCUCAGGUUGCUGAAGGAGAAAAUGUGUUUGGCGUUUGCCAUAUCUUCGCUUCCUUCAAUGACACUUUUGUCCAUGUGACUGAUCUUUCUGGCAAGGAAACCAUCUGCCGUGUGACUGGUGGCAUGAAGGUGAAGGCAGACAGAGAUGAGUCUUCUCCCUAUGCGGCUAUGCUGGCAGCCCAGGAUGUUGCCCAGAGGUGCAAGGAGCUGGGCAUCACUGCCCUGCACAUCAAGCUGCGUGCCACCGGUGGAAAUCGGACCAAGACUCCUGGACCUGGUGCCCAGUCAGCCCUGAGGGCUCUGGCCCGAUCUGGAAUGAAGAUUGGCCGCAUUGAGGAUGUCACCCCCAUACCCUCUGACAGCACUCGCAGGAAGGGUGGCCGCCGUGGCCGUCGUCUGUGAAGAAGGCUGCACCUGUUGUUAUUAAAGCUGUCUUUUAAACCCCUUC